AUGACUUCUGUUCCGAAACCUCUCAAAUACUUGAAAAAUUUUUAUCCGAGUUUGAAGAAUGCAUACAGAAAACUCAAGCAAAAGGAGGUAAAGACUCGUUUUGCAGAAAUUCUGAGUGUGCUCUCUCUAGCCGGAGCCACUGCAGGAUCCAGGGAAUGCCUGGAUUUCUGUAUUAAAGGAGCUGUCGAUAAUCCCGGAGAAUGGGGGCAUGAAUACGUGAGACAACUAGAAGCAGAGAUCGUCGACGAAUGGACAAAUGUACCAAUAAAAGAGGAACAAGAGAUCAGAAAGCGGCUUACCCCGUUGAUUAAAAGCAUCAUCUCAUUCGACAUGAAACACAACGCGGAGAUACAAGCGUGUGAUCUGUGCUUGGAGAUCGACGAGCUAAAUUUUCUCGCGGAACAUUUGGAUUCCACAAACUUUACACGGGUGUGCCAUUAUCUAAUUAGCUGUGCGGCUUACAGCGAGGACACGGAGAGAAAACAAAUAUUAGAAUUUGCCACGGAGCAAUAUCUGAAGUUUAACGAGUACACGAGGGCAAUUUUGGUGGCACUGCAGCUUGCAAAUUCGGAACUUGUUUUCAAGUGCUUCACUGCUUGUUCUGACUCGUUGAUGAGAAAUCAAUUAGCCUUUAUCCUCGCUCGGUUGCAAGAUCAACCUUUGAGGAUGGAUUAUCACGGGAACGAUGCCAAGGAUAUCGAGACGAUCCUCAGCAACGGCCACAUAAAUACGCAUUUUCAAAUCCUUGCCAGAGAACUUGACAUACUCGAGCCGAAGCUUCCGGAGGAUAUUUAUAAAAGUUGGUUGAUGAACGCACCUAGACAAAUGGAGCACGAUUCUGCGAGAGCAAAUUUGGCUGCGAGCUUUGUUUCCGGUUUCGUACAUGCCGGUUUUGGUCAAGAUAAAUUAAUGGCAGACACGUCCGACUGUUGGGUGUAUAAAAACAAGGACCAUGGAAUGUUAUCGGCUACUGCUUCUCUCGGUUUAAUACACAUGUGGGACGUCGACGGCGGUUUGGUUCCCAUCGACAAAUAUCUCUAUACGAGCGAAGACUACGUAAAAUCCGGCGCUUUGCUAGCCAUCGGACUGGUGAAUUGCGGAAUUCGUAACGAAUGCGAUCCGGCUUUGGCGCUUCUCAGCGAGUACGUGAGUUCGAGCAGCCAAACUCUUCGCAUCGGAGCCGUCUUGGGAUUAGGUUUGGCUUAUGCUGGUUCCAGAAGAAAGGACGUUACCGAACUUCUUUCUGGGACUUUGACCGAUGAGAAAAAUAAUAUGCAAAUCUUGUCGCUCGCUGCUAUCUCUUUGGGACUUGUGAAUGUAGGCUCGGGAGACUCCGAUGUAGCUUCGAUUAUUUUGUUGAGAUUAUUAGGAUUGUCUAUGAAGGAACUGAUUGUUACGCAUUCCAGAUUCUUGCCGUUAGCUCUGGGAAUGGUUUAUAUGGGAACCCGAGAUGCUAUAGAAGCACCAUCCGCGGCACUUGAAGCUCUACCGGAACCCUACAACUUCGCUUCGCAAACUAUGCUACAAAUUUGCGCGUACGCAGGCACCGGCGACGUGUUGAUAGUGCAAGAAUUACUGCGAAUCUGUUCGGAAGUGAUCGAGGGAGUGACUAGUGCGAAAGCCACACCCGACAGUACCCCGACAUCGAGUUGCUGCGAUCAAAGAAAAUCGCAAAACAGCUCUUUUAUGUCGGAAAACGAUAAGAAGAACGGUACUCAGGCCGAGGAAUCAAUUAAUACCAGGGACGCUGGAGCAUCGCAGGCUAUAGCAUCUCUCGGAGUGGGAGUGGUCGGAUUAGGCGAAGGAAAAGAAAAUUCAAGGAUCUUCGGGCAGGUCGGAAGGUAUGGUCCAACGCCAGCGCGACGCGCUAUGCCUCUCGCGAUGGCUCUGUCAUCCCUAUCGAACGCCGACCCGGCGGUCUUGGACGUGUUGAAUAAAUACAGCCACGACCACGACGCCGACGUUGCUCUCAAUGCAAUCUUCGCUCUCGGACUUGUCGGCGCGGGCACCAACAAUGCACGGUUGGCGACGAUGUUGAGACAGCUGGCGGCUUAUCAUGCAAAAAAUCCAUUUCAUCUGUUCCUCGUGCGCAUCUCUCAAGGCUUGGUGCACUUGGGCAAGGGUACUUUAUCCUUGUCGCCUCUGCGUUACGGUUCAAGAGUUUUAGACUAUACCGCCUUGGCUGGUCUGAUGGUCGUCUUAGUCGCCUGCUUGGAUUGCAGAAAUCUUAUAUUAUCGCAAUCUCAUUAUUUAAUGUACUGCUUGGCGGUUGCGAUGGAACCGAGGUGGCUAAUUACUGUGGAUGAAAAUCUUAAGAGUUUACCGGUAUCCGUGAGAAUCGGUCAGGGCGUGGACGUUGUGGGGAAAGCCGGUAAUCCGAAAUCUAUUGUUGGUGGUCACGUACAGACUACGCCGGUGUUGCUGUGUGCGGGCGAAAAAGCGGAAUUAGUUUCAGAUCAAUACGAAUCGCUUUUCAGCGUGCUGGAAGGUUUUGUGAUCCUUCGUGAGAAACAGGCUGUAGUGAAUUGAAGAGUUUUAAGAGAUUUUUGAAUAUUCCACGGUGAGUUUCCUCCUCUUGACUUGACCGGAUUAUCUCUUCUAUAAAAAUAACAAACAGUCUUAGCAAACUUGUUAAAAAUAUCUUCUCCUGACAAAUCUAUGCGAGACAAGUUAGGGAAAGAAAAUAUCGCGCGCAUCGGCUUCGUUUUCGCACAUUAGCACAUUUUCGCGAAGUAACAGCUGUAAUGAAAAGAUUUCAGUUAGUUUUUUUCGUAUGUUUGCGUUUAUUUAACUUUAGGGACUAGCGGAAGCAACGUGCUUUAUACAACAGAAACAUACAUUGGUUCGCAUUGCACAGUGGGAAUAAUAACGUUGCACCAUGAUCAAAGAAUACAAGACACAUAUAAAAUCGGCAAAAUUCGAGGAUCAUUUAGAUUGCAAUGAAGUUAAAACCAAAGAAUAUACGCAAAACGCGAGUGAAAUGUACUCAGAAGGACAAAGGAAAGGAAGAUAUUACAACGAUAUCGAUCUUAACAGCGAGAUAAUGAAUUUGCGCGACAGCGAUCAUGGAGCACGUCAGACUUUCUUUGUGACGAAGCUGUUAUCCAAGCAACACAAGGGUUCAAAAGACAUCUAAAAGAUCGUCGUAAAGGGCCUCUGAAAGAUCGGGACGUCUUUCGGACGUGUGUGUCGCCUCGGUAGGAAUUGUGAGUGUUACACAAAUGUACAGCGAGUGUAGGACGCCUGUAAGACUAACGAUUCCUCUCUCUCGCGUGAAACAUCCUACGACGUUCGUUUGUAGGCACAUGACUUAGGGUAAAAAGGCGAAGUGUGUAUAAUAAAACGCAGUUGAUUCCAUAAAACAACGCACGCCGCGUCGACGAUAGUACAAUAUAGUUCGGUGACGUUUAAACGAAACGUACCGUCAACCUUAUCGCGCGCACGCGAUAUCUGAAUAUGUAAUAAACGCAUCCUAGGUCUAAUAAUCGUACACGGUCAGCGUAACAGUCGGAACUUCUCAACUAUAUGAAAAUUCAGCUUUAUUCGCUUAGAAUAAACCAGCUCUAUUCGGUGAAACGCGCGUAUUAAUCCGGUAUCAACUUGCUGCUUGAUAUAUUACUUCGAAACUUUUUUAAUUCUGCGCAGGACCUAAUUUAAAGGUGAAUGAUGAUCAUUGUGGCGCCUAUAAAAAUUAAAAUGUGAUUAUUGAUAAAAUUGUCAAUUUGUUUCUUUUAAAAAUAAUACAAAACAACCUUCGA